UCAGGCUCCUCUGGUUCCAGUACCAGGUCAGCUGACAGUGUGGGCGUGGACGUCAUCAGACAGCCAUCCAGGAGUCGCAUCCGCCGUCAUACCAACCGCCUAUCUGCUGUGUUCCAGCGAGGCUCCGCCCAUAACGCCACCACCAUAGCCUUACCCGGGUUACCUGGCUUACCUAGCCACGGUCGGAAGGAGUUGAAGGACGGAAGUAUGUCUUUUUCUAAUCAAAAUUGUGUUUUUAUAAACAUUAACCCUAACCUUGUAAAUGACAAAUCAGUUGGCUUAAGCAGAAAACGUCUGACUGGCAACCAGUCUAAACCUUAACACCGACCCCAGCCUAAACUAAAUUAAGUGCACUUGCUUACUAGUUCUGAUGAUAAACAGUGGCUUGCGAAAGCAUUCACCCCCCCAUUUUUCCUAUUUUGUUGCCUUACAACCUGGAAUUAAAAUUGAUUUUUUGGGGGUUUGUAUCAUUUGAUUUACACAACAUGCCUACCACUUUGAAGAUGCAAAAUAUUUGUUAUUGUGAAACAAACAAGAAAUGAGUAAAAAAAAAUAAUACUUGAGAGUGCAUAACUAUUCAUCCCCCCAAAGUCAAUACUUUGUAGAGCCACCUUUUGCAGCAAUUACAGCUGCAAGUCUGUUGGGGUAUGUCUCUAUAAGCUUGGCACAUCUAGCCACUGGGAUUUUUGGCCAUUCUUCAAGGCAAAACUGCUCCAGCUCCUUCAAGUUGGAUGGGUUCCGCUGGUGUACAGCAAUCUUCAAGUCAUACCACAAAUUCUCAAUUGGAUUGAGGUCUGGGCUUUGACUAGGCCAUUCCAAGACAUUUAAAUGUUUCCCCUUAAACCACUCAAGUGUUGCUUUAGCAGUAUGCUUAGGGUCAUUGUCCUGCUGGAAGGUGAACCUCCUUCCCAGUCUCAAAUCUCUGGAAGACUGAAACAGGUUUCCCUCAAGAAUUUCCCUGUAUUUAGCGCCAUCCAUCAUUCCUUCAAUUCUGACCAGUUUCCCAGUCCCUGCCGAUGAAAACCAUCCCCACAGCAUGAUGCUGCCACCACCAUGCUUCACUGUGGGGAUAGUGUUCUCGGGGUGCUGAGAGGUGUUGGGUUUGCACCAGACCUAGCAUUUUCCUUGAUGGCCAAAAAGCUCAAUUUUAGUCUCAUCUGACCAGAGUACCUUCUUCCAUAUGUUUGGGGAGUCUCCCACAGGCAUUUUGGCGAACACCAAAUGUGUUUGCUUAUUUUUUUUCUUUAAGCAAUGGCUUUUUUCUGGCCACACUUCAAUAAAGCCCAGCUCUGGGGAGUGUACGGCGUAAAGUUGUCCUAUGGACAGAUACUCCAAUCUCCGCUGUGGAGCUUUGCAGCUCCUUCAGGGUUAACUUUGGUCUCUUUGUUACAUUACAUUACAUUAUAGUCAUUUAGCAGAUGCUCUUACCCAGAGCGACUUACAGUUAGUGAGUGCAUACAUUUUCAUACUGUUUCAUACUGUUGCCUCUGAUUAAUGCCCUCCUUGCCUGGUCCGUGAUGUUACUAUGGUAUACUGAAAUAUAAAUACAAGCAUUCCAUAAGUGUCAAAGGCUUUUAUUGAAAAAUUACAUUAAAGUUUAUGCAAAGAGUCAAUAUUUGCAGUGUUGACCCUUCUUCUUUAAGACCUCUGCAAUCCGCCCUGGCAUGCUGUCAAUUAACUUCUGGGCCACAUCCUGACUGAUGGCAGCCCAUUCUUGCAUAAUCAAUGCUUGGAGUUUGUCAGAAUUUGUGGGUUUUUGUUUGUCCACCCACCUCUUGAGGAUUGACCACAAGUUCUCAAUGGGAUUAAGGUCUGGGGAGUUUCCUGGCCAUGGACCCAAAAUGUCGAUGUUUUGUUCCCCGAGCCACUUAGUUAUCACUUUUGCCUUUUGGCAAGGUGCUCCAUCAUGCUGGAAAAGGCAUUGUUCAUCACCAAACUGUUCUUGGAUGGUUGGGAGAAGUUGCUCUCGGAGGAUGUGUUGGUACCAUUCUUUAUUCAUGGCUUAGGCAAAAUUGUGAGUGAGCCCGCUCCCUUGGCUGAGAAGCAACCCCACACAUGAAUGGUCUCAGGAUGCUUUACUGUUGGCAUGACACAGGACGGAUGGUAGCGCUCACCUUGUCUUCUCCGGACAAGCUUUUUUCCAGAUGCCCCAAACAAUCGGAAAGGGGAUUCAUCAGAGAAAAUUACUUUACCCCAGUCCUUCUUGACACCAGGCCAUCCUUCAAAAGUAUUCGCCUCACUGUGCGUGCAGAUGCACUCACAGUUGUCUGCUGCCAUUCCAGAGCAAGCUCUGCACUGGUGGUGCCCCGAUCCUGCAGCUGAAUCAACUUUAGAAGACGGUCCUAGCUCUUGCUGGACUUUCUUGGGCGCCCUGAAUCCUCCUUCACAACAAUUGAACCUCUUGAAGUUCUUGAUGAUCCGAUAAAUGGUUGAUUUAGGUGCAAUCUUACUAGCAGCAAUAUCCUUGCCUGUGAAUCCCUUUUUGUGCAAAGCAAUGAUGACGGCACGUGUUUCCUUGCAGGUAACCAUGGUUAACAGAGGAAGAAAGCAUGACAGAGUGAUCUCCAGCCUUGUCCUCGUCAACACUCUCACCUGUGUUAACGAGAGAAUCACUGACAUGAUUUCAGCUGGUCCUUUUGUGGCAGGGCUGAAAUUCAGUGGAAAUGUUUUUUGGGGAUUAAGUUCAUUUUCAUGGCAAAGAGGGACUUUGCAAUUAAUUGCAAUUCAUCUGAUCACUCUUCAUAACAUUCUGGAGUAUAUGCAAAUUGCCAUCAUAAAAACUGAGGCAGCAGACUUUGUGAAAAUUUAUAUUUGUGUCAUUCUCAAAACUUUCGACCACGACUGUACAUAUGCACACACCACUUUUCCGUUAUUUAUUUUUUAGAAUUGUUUGAAACAAGUAAUUUUUUUCAUUUCACUUCACCAAUUUGGACUAUUUUGUGUGUCCAAUACAUGAAUUCCAAAUAAAAAUCCAUUUAAAUUACAGGUUGUAAUGCAACAAAAUAGGAAAAAACGCCAAGGGGGAUGAAAACUUUUGCAAGGCACUGUAGUCACUACUGUUCUUCUUGACAUGUCCAUCUAGUAUCUCCUGGGGAUGCACCAAUGACAGACGACCCUGCAGAGCUGUCCAAUCAGAUAACGGCCCCAGGCAUUCUGAAGAUCUUUGGCAGUGAGAUCUGCCAGGGGGCCAACUACAAGAGCGUCCUGGCAACAACACACUCCAGUGCUAAGGAGCUGGUCAAAGAGGCCCUGGAGAGGUACGGGAGUGUGUGUGUGCAUGUUGUCUUAGAUUUCUUAGAUCUUGGGUAUAUUUAAAGAUCUAUCACCAUCCCCUUCCAUUGUUUGUUAUGGUAUUCUAUGUCUUAUAUAUUUAUGGAGAAUCAUAAAUAUACUGUAAUGACAUACUGAGUCUUUGAUCGUAUAUGAAACUUGUUUGGCAAUUGUUUUAACGACGUGACAUGUGCAGCUUGUUAUCCAGUAUCAGGGGCCUGUGAGCUAUAAGUACUAUGCCAGAGCGCCCAUUGUGAAGUAAAUGACUAAUGCACAUCCUUCACGCUGACGUUGAGCCUAUGCUAUGCAAGGAAUCAAAUUCAGACAAAUUGAUAUAUUGUUCUCAAGGGUAGUUGUUUCUUAUAACUACAGUAUAGUGCAUUGAGUGUACAUGUCCGGUGUGUGUGCAUGCAUGUUUGUGUGGGCUAUAACUUCAGUAUAAUGCAUUGAGUGUGUGCAUGCCAGAUCUAGCGUUUACAUGGAAGUUAUGGAACAUUCUAGAGAGAACCACAAACCGUGAAGGCUGGCCAGUUUAACCAUGCUGUUGAGAGGCGCGCUCUCUCUCUCUCUCUCUCUCUCUCUCUCUCUCACUCACACUCUCACUCCCACUCUCAGUCUCUCACCUUACUUAAUAUACUGUAUUAUAACCAGAAACAGAAUGGAGAUACUCAGGGUGGGUUUCUGAGCUUGGCGUUUUAAUGCACAUGCAGAGCCAGUUUACCAGACAUAGACUAAGCCUACUGAAGUCCGUUCCCAUUGUCCUCCAAGAGUUGUUAGUUGUAAAUAUUAUCCUUGUUAUAAACAUCUUCACUUCCCUUAAUUGCCCAGGUACGGUCUGAACAAGGAAGAGGCGGAGUCAUAUGUUCUCUGCGACUCCAUUGGCUACGUGGGCGACCACCAAUGGAGGACGGAAUGCUUCCGGGUCGUCGGUGACAAUGAGAAGCCCCUCCUCCUGCAGUCACUAUGGAAACCCAGGGAGGGUUUGGCGAGGCGGUUUGAGAUCCAGAGGAGAGCUAGUGUGGAGGAAAAGAGAUCAAGAGACAAGGACACGGUCACUGCUGGUAGGACUGAGAGGGAGACUGCAAGGUCUGCAGUACUAGUGGUUUUCUUUGUUCCCUGGUAGUUAAUUGAUUGAUUCAUGUGGGAUAUGAUACCAGGGUAGGGUCUUUGCCAGGGGGAAGGGACUAAGGGACAGCAAAAUGACGUAGGGGUGCAUCCUGUUAUGUGUUUGUCUUAUGAAUGGUGAAACCAGCUCUUAUGAUAGCCACUUGCCUGUGUUUGACUGUUUUACCGUUUUAAUGUUGAAAGUUUUUCUCUCCAAACCAUCAUAUCCACCACUGUAGUCUGUUUCCUGCACGUUAGCUUCUGCAUGUUGACUUUGGCAGCCACACACACAUAUCCAAACUCUCUCCUGUCUCUCAGGCAUCAACGCCCAGGCUCGUAAACUCCAGAAGAGCCGCUCUCGAGUCACCUCUGCCCUGAUCGAGGGGAGGAGUGUGUAUGUGACCUCUACCCUAGAGAGGGGUGUUUGUGGCGCUCAGAACCAAAAGGACAGGGGUGGGAGGGUAUGUGGGGGCCAGAACCAGUCUGAACGGGGGCCGGGCCUGUGGAGGAGCCAGAGUGAAGCAGACCUCUCAUCCCAAUCCACAGAAACACAACAGAACCACCAACAGAACCCCACUGAGCCCCUUAGUCAGAACCCAAAUGAGUUCCACACUCCCAGUCAAGACGAGAACCACAAUCCGUGUCACAGUCAGAACCAUGAACAGAAUGUGGAACGGAAUCACAAAUGGAACCCCGAUCAGAACCUCAAACAUAGAGAUGAAGAGAGCUACGUUGACGCUAAUGUUUCCCCUCUGGAGGACCCUGGAUCAGAGACUUACACAGAGCCCCUCUGUCCUUCCCCUGAGACGGAGAGAGAGAGGGGGAGAGAGAGGGAGGAGACGGAGAGCAGUGACGAUAACGUAACACUUUACUCCAUUCACCCUCCCCAAGACUACCCCUAUCUACUGCUGCUACAGGGCUACAGCUACAGACAGGUAGGACACACACACACAGUGCUCCAUUCACUCAACCAACGAGUACCCCACACACAU